AUGGCCUUAUUGACCCGUCCAGACCGAUAUUCUGAGAUACUUUUCUUUGAGAGCCCGUCUUUCUCCUUCGAGACAGACACCAUUAAUCCUUCACGGACUUCGUCGAUUCAGCCUCGUGCCUCUUCUAUUCCUCCUUCAGAGUCUCCUAUUCCAGGACCUCUGAACUUUAGCCUCGCUUCGAGUAGCUCAAGUUCUCCCAACAACAACAUUUCUACGUUCGACUUUACGUCGUUCAUCACGGAUACCAAUCAGCAAUCAUGGCUUCCCUCACCUCCUUUACCGCAGCCUCAGGCUCCCAAAUCAGAAUCCAAAGACAACAACAACGACAGCAACUCCCUUCAGGAGGACUUUGUGCUCUUUCCAACAACACCCGCGCCCGUGCCAACGACAACGCCUUCGCGUGCGCCUGCUCCAACAACUACAACCCAUAAACCCUCGGCCUUGGAACCUUUCCUGGUCCAGUCCCAGCAGAAUCGUCUUCGACAGCUUCAGCAGCAGCCCAGUCAAUCAGUGACCAGGCCUCUUCCGCAGUCGACCGGGUUUCCUCAGUCUUCAUUGUCUUCGUCGUUUAAUCGCUCCAAUCCUUCCGUUCGGAAGUACGCUUCGCGUUAUCACGCCGCCUCUGUGCCUUUUAAUUCGCCCCAUCCUCCCGUUCCACUCUUCAACAGUGCCGGUCGUUAUUCGGCUUGGAAUCAUCAGUAUAAGAAACAGCUACAGCUUCAGAACUACCAGCGUCGUCGCCUCAUGUCGCAGCCUAAUCUCGCCCAAGGCCUAGAAAUGUCUGGCUUCUUUAAUGAUAUCCCGUCGCACCCCUUCGGGGACGACUUCGAUGCCACUAUGCUCUCUCCUCAGCAAUUCUCUACUGCGGGUUUGGGGCCGGUUCCCGACUCGAUAGCGGGUGCUCCCUCGGGCACUAUCUCGCCCAAGGAUCUGAUGAUGGAUGCCUCGGCCCCGCCGUCGGCUUCCCUCACGGAUUUGAGCACACCGUCCUUCGAGUCGCCCGGAUAUUUCAGCCAAGACCCCUCCCCCAUGUUCACAGAGUUGGAGUUCCCGCCAGGCCACGAGCAGUGGGAUCCCCUUUUCCCCACCAAUGACACCGAUGCCUUCUCGGCUGCGUUUGACUCUACUGCCAUGGAGGUCGCCGCGGCCAUGCCUCCCCCCAAGGCUUCAGCCCUCCCUGUUCCGCCAUCUCCUGUGGUCGAUGUUCCCUCGUCUCCGGCACCUCAACUCGCUCCUUCCCCUUCUCCUUCGCGCGCGUCUUCUGCCAAGCCUUCGUCUGUUGCUGGCGUCAAUGCUCGUCAGCGCAAGCCUUUGCCUGUCAUCAAGUUUGACUCGGGCGACCCAGUUGCAAUGAAGCGUGCCCGGAAUACCGAGGCCGCUCGCAAGUCUCGAGCUCGCAAGUUGCAGCGACAGGAUGAGUUGGAGCACCGAAUUGCUGAGCUUGAAAAUUCUCUUGAGGAGUCGCAGAAGCGUGAGGCAUACUGGAAGGCCCUUGCCCAGAACAAGGCAUAAUUUGGUUUUGUUGCUUUUUAGUUCUAUAUCCCUGCUGUGUUGGCAUGCUGUUUUCUUUCCGGUUUGUUGAUUAUAUGGUUUUUUUGACCGUGAGCGGAGCCUUGAGCCCUGGGUCACUGUACGUCAGAUGUAAUUGUCAGUUCUGGCGGUUAAAAGUUUCUUAUCGUGUGUUUUGUUGCGUUCUAUGUUUUUUUUUUUUU